AUAACCUAAAUUCAUCGAGUGCGUAAAACUAUUAAGCGACGACCACUUCUGAGAUCAAAAUUAAAGAGGACUUUAUUAGUUAAAAUGCAUUCAUCUAAAGUAUUAACUUUAGCGAAAGAAAUAUGGGAUAACAUCCUCUGUUCCUCUCAGAUUUUGGGAAAUAAUGCCGUGAACAGUAAAAAAUAUUCGAAACAACCAAGAGAUAAUAUCUUCAGUUCAUCGCGAAUUUUGGUAAAUAGUACCAUAAAUUAUAGAGGUUACGCGAAAAAGCAGAGUAACGAAUGUAGAAAGGCUUGUGCUGAUAUGCCACCGUCGGUAGACUCUGUAUGUGGUGAACCAUGUGAAGGAAAAUUUAAGAAAUUGAAGAAGCAAGGCAUCUUACACAAGAUUAAAUUGAAAAUCGUCGAAGGAGGCACCAAUUUUGGGACGCCAUUUCGCCGAGUUCAAUUUAAGGAGAAGGAAUGCAAGGAAGUUGUGGUGCCUGAACCGAAGGCGUUGGUUGAUCCUGUGCCCAAGCCGACCACGUUAUCGCCGCCUCGGCCUGCUGUCCAAGUUACAGUCUUAGGUGCUGACACUAGCUUAGGACAGUAUGUAGCACUACUGCUCAAACAGUGCCCCUGUAUUAAAAAAUUGCGUUUGUACGAAGCGAAGGAUACGUCACGCUCGGAAUGUAAUCGAGACUUGUGUCAAGUGGUGCAUGAUCUACAACAUAUCGAUACCAACUGUCUGGUUGAAGCGUUCAGUUGCGCAAGCUGUGAGCUCCAACGAUGUCUUCAGAACUCCGAUAUCGUUCUUUUACUCGACAGCGGAAGUGUGUCUAUGGAUAUGCCAAUAGAGAAUAGAUUCAACUUUCAGGCACCAAUAGUUAAAGCUUACGCUGACGCCAUUGCUAAGGAAUGCCCGAACGCCUUCAUAAUAGUUUGCACAACACCAAUCGAAUGCAUGGUACCAUUGAUUGCUGAGACCUUAAAGGAGACAGGCUGGUACAAUCCUCGAAAAUUGUUGGGCUCUUUAGCGGUGCCAGAGAUGCGUGCGAGUACCCUUGCAGCUCGAGCUCUUUGUCUGGAGCCCUAUUACGUACACGUACCGUGCGUUUGUGGGACUGAAGGGCCGACUUUGGUGCCAUUGUUUUCAAAGGCAUUGCAGUAUUUUGAUUUUAGUGAGCAUAACGCGGAAAUGCUGACCCAGACGAUUCGCAGCGCGGCGUCAGCCGUAGCUAGAGCAGAUGGCAAUUGUAUCAGAGCCGCUGAACUAAGUGAAGCACACGCUGUCGCGGGGCUCGUGACGAAAGUAGCUUGGGCGUUACUCUGCAAGGAUGUGCCAAGAGUGUCCGGAUUUGUGGAAACUGACCCAGCGCAAGUCGUUUCUCCUGCCAGAUUCAUUGCUAAUGCCGUGGAGAUUACUGGUUCCGGUAUCAUCAAGAGCCUGGGAUUACCGAAAAUGUCUGACUUGGAAGUAAGACAAGUUGACGAUGCUCUUAACAAACUUUACUUUACGCAGAACAUGGUAAAUGACUGGUAUUGCAAAUACUGUAGCUCGACGGAGAAACUUGAUGCUUUUCAAACCAAAUUCUUCAAUUCAAGAGCUAGACAACGUUUCGAAGAUUGUGCAUACGCCGCUAUUUGAUUGUUGAU